CCCAGCAGGCACAACCAGGCGGCAGCGGAUACCAGGCGGCGGCGGGCAGACCUGCGCCCGCGGGCACCAUGAGCGGCCGAGUCGGGGACCUGAGCCCCCAGCGGCAGGAGGCGCUGGCCAGGUUCCGGGAGAACCUCCAGAACCUGCUUCCCAUGCUGCCCAAUGCUGAUGACUACUUCCUCCUACGCUGGCUGCUAGCUCGAAACUUUGACCUGCAGAAAUCUGAGGACAUGCUCCGGAGGCACAUGGAGUUCCGGAAGCAACAAGACCUGGACAACAUCGUCACGUGGCAGCCCCCCGAGGUCAUCCAGCUGUAUGACUCGGGUGGUCUUUGUGGCUACAACUACGAAGGCUCCCCUGUGUACUUCUACAUCAUCGGGUCCCUCGACCCCAAGGGUCUCCUGCUGUCGGCCUCCAAGCAGGAUUUGAUCCGGAAGCGCAUCAAGGUCUGUGAGCUGCUUUUGCAUGAGUGUGAGCUGCAGACUCAGAAGCUGGGCAGGAAGAUUGAGAUGGCGCUGAUGGUGUUUGACAUGGAGGGGCUGAGCCUGAAGCACCUGUGGAAGCCAGCUGUGGAGGUCUACCAGCAGUUUUUUGGCAUCCUGGAAGCAAAUUAUCCUGAGACUUUGAAGAAUUUAAUUAUUAUUCGAGCCCCCAAACUGUUCCCUGUGGCCUUCAACUUGGUCAAGUCGUUCAUGAGUGAGGAGACACGCAGGAAGAUUGUGAUUCUGGGAGACAACUGGAAGCAGGAGCUGACAAAAUUCAUCAGCCCCGACCAGCUGCCCGUGGAGUUUGGGGGGACCAUGACUGACCCCGAUGGCAACCCCAAGUGCCUGACCAAGAUCAACUACGGGGGUGAGGUGCCCAAGAGCUUCUACCUGUGCAAUCAGGUGAGGUUGCAGUAUGAGCACACGGUGUCCGUGGGCCGCGGCUCCUCCCUGCAGGUGGAGAAUGAGAUCCUGUUCCCGGGCUGUGUGCUCAGGUGGCAGUUCGCAUCGGAUGGCGGGGACGUCGGCUUUGGGGUUUUCCUGAAGACCAAGAUGGGGGAGCGGCAGAAGGCUAGGGAGAUGACGGAGGUGCUGCCCAGCCAGCGCUACAACGCCCACCUGGUGCCUGAAGAUGGGAGCCUCACCUGCCUCCAGGCUGGCGUCUAUGUCCUGCGCUUCGACAACACCUACAGCCGGAUGCAUGCCAAGAAGCUCAGCUACACUGUGGAGGUGCUGCUUCCCGACAAGGCCUCUGAGGAGACACUGCAGAGUCUCAAGGCGAUGAGGCCCUCCCCAACACAGUGAAGACCCCAGCCACCUCUGCCUGUGUGCUCCAACCCCUUCACACCCACUCCCCUGACCCCUGCCUCCCAGGCAGGGUGGUGCUGAAGGUAGCUGCAGAGAGCCACUUGUCCCACGUCACCAUCUCAGCUCAUUGUGGGCUCGCCUGGCACAGUGACCAAGCAGGAAGGGGCCACCAGUGCAUAGGCCAUGCUGAAGAUUCAGACAGGAACCUCUUUCCCUGUUCCCAGAGAAUGGGGCCAAGAAUGAGAACGCUGAAGAUGAUCCAGUCCACUGAGGAUGGGUCCUGCCUGCAGAAGCUGCCCUUUCAUCCAUCCCAACAAGAUCCAGUCACCCAGGACUCGCCCAUGCCUGGUGUUCCAGCUUCAGGGGGUGUGCGUGGAUCCCAAGCCUUGUGGGCAUCACAGCUUCAGGCUUGAAGAGAGAGAAGCCCUGUUCUAUGCAUGUAGGAGGUCAGCAGGAGUGGGCAGGCCUAGCUGGAGGCAGCUGGGUGAGGGUCCUGGUUCCAGCAGAGCACUGGGGCCCAUCCAAGCUUGUUUUGCCACCGCUGGAUGGAAAAUUGGAAAUGGACUGGGCGUGGCGGCUCAUGCCUAUAAUCCCAGCACUUUGGGAGGCCGAGGUGGGCAGAUCACCUGAGGUCAGGAGUUAAAGACCAGCCUGGGGACAUGGUGAAACCCUGUCUCUACUAAAAAUACAAAAACUAGCCGAGCAUAGUGGGGUGCACCUGUAAUCCCAGCUACUCAGGAGGCUGCAGCGGGAGAAUCGUUUGCACCCAGGAGGCAGAGGUUGUAGUGAGCUGAGAUUGUGCCACUGCACUCCAGCCUGGGCGACAGAACCAGACUCCGUCUCUUAAACAAACAAACAAACAAAGAAAAUAAAAUUGGAAAUGAAGAGGUGGGGCCGGCAUGGGUAACCAUCAGAGGACAAAGCCAUGCACAGCCUUCCAGUUGAGUGGGUAACGACUGAGUUUCCAGGGAAUUCCCAGUGACCUCCACUCCACACCUGCUGUGAUCCUGCCAACAUUUAGCUUUGGUUCUUUUGGCAGCUGCACCAUUCAUGGAUGCAUAUAUGUAGAGUCUGAACAGGUGCUCUGCUGCUAGAAACGGCAAACCAUCUAAAUUAAACUCCUAAAGCCAGUGCCACGAGGCAUUCCUGUUCCAACUGGGUGUUUGAGCAGAUUGGCA